AUGUAUAAGGACCUUGAUACAUCAUUCCUUAUAGAUGUAAUUGGAAUUAUCACGGGAGCAAGUGGAGAACAAGAGUUCGAAAAAGAUGGUACUAAACAGAAGAGGAUAACAGUAGAGCUUGACCAAGAUGGGGUUCGGGUUGAAUGUGCAUUUUUCGGGAAAUACGUUUCUGAAGUCAGUGGUUAUCUUUCAUCUGUUGAUGCAACCAAUGAUGUCGUGGUUGUACAGUGUUGUAAGAUCAAGCCAUUUAAAGGUAUUAUGUAUGGGAAAUACGUUUGUAAGAUUCAUGCUUCCGUUAGGAAGACUCUGAUAUACCGAUUCCAAUCUUUGCUAAGUGAGGGUCGUGUAUAUCAGAUUUCGUUCUUUGGCGUUGGUGAAAAAGGUCGUGAUUUCAGACCAACCUCGCAUCCAUUCAAGAUCAACUUUGAUAUUCAUACAUCUGUGCGCUUGGUUCCCAACAAGGCCAUCAACUUAAGCCCGUACAAUUUUGUGCCAAUAUCUGAUAUAAUGUUCAAGGAUCUUGAUACGUCUUUUCUUAUAGAUGUGAUUGGAAUUCUCACUGGUGCAAGUGCUGAACAAGAAUUUGAAAAAGAUGGUGGGAAGCAUAAAAGAAUUACUAUUGCACUUGACCAAGAUGGGGCUCGGGUUGAAUGCGCCUUUUUUGGAAAGUAUGUUGAUGAGGUCGUUGGUUAUCUUGGAUUUGUUGAUGCAACCAAUGUUGUUGUUGUUCACUUGAUAUAUUUGAAAUUAAGCUUUCCUCUUAUGGCUUCAAGAAUCGACGAUCUCACCAAAAUCGAUGCCUCCAAAGAGACCUGGACAAUUUUUGCGAAAUUCAAUCGUUUAUGGCUAAGUUCGAGCUUAUAUGGCUCAAAGCUACCCUCUUCAAUGGACAUGAUUCUUAUGGAUGACAAGGGUUGUAAGAUUCAUGCUACAGUUAGGAAGGCUUUGAUCUAUCGAUUUAAGUCUUUGCUAACAGAAGGACGCGUAUAUCAGAUUUCAUUCUUUGGUGUUGGUGAAAGCGGUCGUGAUUUUCGUCCAACCUCGCAUCCAUUCAAAAUCAACUUUGAUAUUCAUACAUCUGUACGAUUGGUUCCUAACAAGACUAUCAACUUAACUCCGUACAAACUUUGUGUUUCUGUGACCGAUGAUACUGGAUCUGCACAAUUCAUGAUUUUUGACCGUGAAGUUUUUGCCAUUAUUCAAAAAUCAUUCAAAGAUGUCGAGGCAAAUUUUGUUAAGGGCGGUGAUAAAUUGAGUAUUCCCCAAGAGAUUUGUAACAUAAUGCAUAAGCAAUUCCUCUUUAAGGUCGAGGCUAAGGAGGAUUCUGGAGGCAGGUUUGAGUCUACAUACACCGUCAAUUUUUUUUGCAAGGAUUCAAACAUUAUUAUGAAGUUCAUUCACAAUGUAAGUAGUACAACUCAAGGCCUGACUAUUUGA